CGGACUUCACGUACUUUUAGGCCUUUCAUGAGUUCGAAAGGACUUCAAAGCCACCCAGUGUGCAAUUUGAGAGACAUACCGACCACCAGUGGCAAAACAUGGGAUUAAACAAGAUCUACCAUUAAAUACAUAGAUAUGCAGAAUUAGAAUAAUUCAAAAAUUAAAAAUAAUUAAAAUAUAAAAAAAUUGCAUUUUCAUUGGCUCUUAGUAUAUGAAUCUAAUUUGAUAAAUUUGCUAUAACAAAGAAUCAGCUUGUGGCAGUAUUCAAAAAAAACUGGAAUUCUUAAUUAGAUAAAAAAAAGGGAAAAAAACCAUGCUGGAAACCAGAAUAGAAUGAAUGGAAGCCUAUUUUGGCUCCUAAGUUUCAUACGUUUCCAAGAGAAGCCGUAUAUCAAGGCAAAACUUAGGAGCUAAAACAAACUUUCAUUCUGAUCUGCUAAUUGCAAGUAUGAUUUUUAGUUCUUCCCCUCUUUUCUUUAUUACCUAACCAAAAAAUCACUUUUUUUGAACUGUGAAGCAAACCAAGUAUCUAUAUAAAAAAUAGUUAGUACAAAAAUAUAACUCCGUAAAAUAAAAUAUAGUACAUUUCAAAAUAACUGGUAUAAAAAGAGUAAACAAACAUGCAAUCUUAAACAUUUCAAUAAUUUUUAACUCUCAAUUUAUAUGCUGAUUCCUAAUAAAAACCAUUAUUCAAAUUAUAAGUCUUAGUUAACCUCAUGCUUUUCCCACUGGUGGUCGAUAUGAUUCACAAGAUAUCUUCACCCCUACCUUCCAAGCAGUAAACGCUUAUACCAAUAACUAUCAUAUUCUUCAUUGUGUAAGAAAAAAUGAUAGCCCUGCUAAAAAAAAUUAAAUUUCACGAUAUUUAAAAAACUAUCUAAAAACAACUUUUAACAUAACCAAUUUGAAAUAUAUCUAUAGCAGUGAAAUUCAAAUCUUCUCUACCAAAUAGACAAAUACCAACAAAAACUGAAAUGAAUUCAGGCCCCGUUUGGUACAAGGAAUUCAAAUUACGGAAUUGGAAGUGAGGACUUCAAUUCCAAUUCUGGUGUUUGGUAGAACAAAUAUUAUUGGAUUUGGAAUUGAUAGAGCAAAAAAUGAAUUGAAAUUGAUGAAUUCAAUUCUACGGAAUCGAAUCUCAUGAAAUCACAAUUCCAAUUCAAUUCCAAUUCCACUGAUUCCGUAUACCAAACGGACCCUCAAAAAACACUUUCAAUUCGAAAAUUUCAGUGAAAUCAAUUGGACUUCAAUACCUCUUAAUUGCAAAAUAUAAAACUCGUCGCAAAAAAUAAGCAUUCAUAUUACACAAAUAAAAUCAGAGAAAAAUGAACACAGAAAAUGGCGGAUCGGAGAGGAGGAGCUCAGUGAGAAAAAUGAAUGGAUGGGAAGUAUAAUCCUCAUAUACGAAUCAGAUUAACGAGAUUUACAUAUAUACCCUCAUCAUCGCCUUCCUCCUCUUUCCGAUCCCACAAAACACAUUAUCAAAGAGCGUAUAAACGUCCCAGCAGUGCUCAUUCCCGCAACACGUAAGCUACCUCACACCUCCUCAGAAUUUCCCAAUUGCAACCGUCUCAUCGUCGCCCUGCUUCGAAAAUGGCCGGAAAGAGCAAAAUUCUGAUCAUCGGCGCCACCGGAUACAUCGGCAAGUUCAUCGCCGAAGCCGGCGCCAGUGCCGGUCACCCCACAUUCGCUCUGGUCAGAGAAUCCACGCUCUCGAACCCCGACAAAUCGCAAGUCGUCCAGAGAUUGAAGAAUUCCGGCGUCAAUUUCAUCCAUGGUGAUUUGAACGAUCAAUCGAGUCUGGUGAAAGCGAUCAAACAAGUGGAUGUAGUGAUUUCGACGGUGGGACACUUUCAAUUGGCCGAUCAGGGGAAGAUCAUCGCUGCUAUAAAGGAAGCCGGAAACGUCAAGAGGUUUUUGCCGUCCGAGUUUGGGGUGGAUGUGGAUCGGGUGAAUGCGGUGGAGCCGGCGAAAUCGGCGUUCGCGGUGAAAUCAGGGAUUCGCAGGGCGGUUGAGGCGGAAGGAAUACCGCACACUUUCGUUGCGAAUUUCUUCUUCAGCGGUUACUUCCUUCUGAAUUUGGCCCAGCCUGGUUCACAAUCUCCCCCCACAGACAAAGUUAUUAUUCUGGGCGAUGGCACUGCCAAAGCUGUUUUCAACAAGGAAGAAGACAUAGCUGCAUAUACCAUCAAGGCAGUGGAUGAUCCAAGGACAUUGAACAAAAUCCUCUAUGUCAGGCCUCCCAAAAACAUCAUUUCCUUCAAUGACCUCGUCGCCAUCUACGAGAAGAAAAUUGGCAAAUCUCUUGAAAAGGAAUAUAUUCCGGAAGAACAAGUUCUUAAGAACAUCAAAGAAGCCGCGGUUCCAUUGAAUGUGGGGCUAUCAAUCUCUCACUCCGCCUUUGUGAGGGGCGACCACACAAACUUUGAAAUUGAACCGUCCUUCGGAGUGGAGGCAUCCGAGCUUUAUCCCGAUGUCAAAUAUACAAGCGUGGAAGAGUAUAUCAAUACCAAUGUGGGAGCGUGAGAGCGAUUCUCAAAAUCAUUUCUAUAUGUGCCUUACGCCCUUACUAUUUAAUCCCCUUGGUCAUCCUUUUGUUGUCAAGUGUUUGUGAGAAUUUUCAUAGUUUUUUUUCCUUUGGUUUGGUUGAAGAUAUCAUGAGUCAACCUAUCUCUACCCUUAGUAUAUGUGUGUAAGCCUAUCACUACGAAGCCCUUCGCCAUAUGUUUCGAAAGUACAUGUUGGUGAGGUUUGGAAUAACCGUGUAUAUCCAGUCCAUGUUUGUAAUAAAAUGAAUCUUUCUAUUUCCU